GAUAGUCAAGAACAUUCAGCUCUCCGCCUCCAGAUUCCUCUCCUGCCCUUCCAGUCUCUUCCUUCUUCUCAAACCAGUGCUCUCCAUCACUCACGGAGAGGUGUUGUGCCUUGAGGCUGUCGACUCAAACCAUGGAGGACAGGACCCCCAAAAUGUUUGUUUUGUUAUUUCCAGGAUUUCUUGCAGCUUUUUCAGUGUUUCUCUCCAGCCAGAUGUCUCCAGUAACUGCCCUAGCAGUUGAGAACACUGCCUCUCCAAGGGUCGAAAACGUGGACAGCCUUUCUGCAGCAAACACCUUUGCCCUCAAACUUUUCAAGAUGAUUAGUGCAAAUGAGUCUUCCAACGUGUUUUUAUCUCCUUCGAGUGUGUCCACUGCACUGCUAAUGGUCUUGUUGGGUGCCAGAAAUAACACAGCAGCUCAGAUAGCCAAGCAGGUCCUAUCUAUACCCAAAGAUGGAGAGGUUCACCAAAGAUUUGGGAAGCUUAUUUCUGAUAUCAACAAACCGGGGGCCAAUUUUAGCCUCAGCCAAGUCAACCAGCUCUUUGGAGAAACAUCAUAUGAUUUUCUUGCAUCAUAUACAGAAUCCAUUCAGAGAUUGUACCAUGGAGGUCUGGAGAAAGUCAACUUCAAACAAGCUCCAGAAGAUUCAAGAAGACAUAUAAAUGCCUGGGUAGCAGAGAAAACAUCAGGAAAAAUUCAGAAUCUGCUUGGCCCUGGAGUAGUUAAUUCGCUUACAAAAGUGGUUUUGGUGAAUACUAUGUAUUUCGCGGAGGAUUGGGCAGAUCUGUUUGACAAAAAUCAAACACAGGAAAAGCCAUUUUGGAUUAACAAGAAUGAAAAUAAACCAGUGCAGAUGAUGUUCAAGAAUGCAAGAUACAACUAUGCCCACAUACCGGCCUCUCGGAUUUCCAUUCUUGAGAUGCCAUAUGCUGGUGAAGUAUUCAGUAUGUUCAUUACGCUCCCUGAUGCAAUUGAAGAUAACUCUAGUGGAUUGGAAACCUUGGAGAGAGAAAUGACACAUGAGAAACUCAUGGACUGGAUUAAGAAGAUGAAGCGGACAGAAAUUGACCUAUCCCUUCCCAAAUUUAAACUGGAAGCGAAAUACGACCUGAAGCCUGUUCUGAAAAGCAUGGGAAUGACGGAUGCAUUUGAUGUGGGCAAGGCAGACUUCUCUGGAAUGUCAACUAACAAUGAUUUAGUCAUCUCUGAAGUUGUUCACAAAUCAUUCAUAGAAGUCAAUGAAGAAGGCACGGAGGCAGCUGCUGCCACCGGUGUAAAUAUAGCAUUUCUGAGUGCACGUUCGCCAAUUGAAUUCAAAGCUGACCAUCCCUUUGAGUUUUAUCUCAUUGACCGAUCUACAAAUAAUAUCCGAACACUUGGUAGAUUUAGUUCUCCAUAAUGGGUGCAUCCAGCAGAUGUUGGUACAAUGGCUUUGACCCUCAAUUCCUCAUCAGAUUUGUUUAAACCGUGUUGUACUGAGCUUUCACUAUCACACUUACGAUCUCCCCUGUGAUUAGGGUAGAGAUAGUUCCUUUGUAACGCUCCAUAAUCCUGGAUUUUAGUUAUUUCUUUCCAGAAUCAUUUUUAAUCAAUUGAAGGAAAUAACUUUUUAAUACAAGUGCUCUGGCUGGUGGAUGAAUCCUGCAAAAGUGCUUUGUUUAUAUAGGAAUGUGGGCUGUGGAGGACUUGUUGUUAAGCAUGAAUCAAAUGUAUUGCAGCACAGAUGUGAAUAUGUAUCUGUCCAGAGUACAUUUCCAUGGGAUGAUACAAGUACAAUCAGCUCAGCUUCCAUUGUGACAUCAUGGUUUUUUUUCAUUUGAGUGACAUCAUGGCUAAUUGUAGGUGCCUCUGCUUGCCUUAUCCUAGCAAGUGUACACAGUGCUAGAAUGAGCACACGUAUAUAAUUUUGUGAUCAUCAUUUAAACAAGCAGUUUGAUUCUAUGUUACUCCAAUAUCUACCAAUGAUAUUUACCUUUAUAUCAUUCUUCUUUUGCUGCAGUCUUUCUUGUAAUCAAAACUGAAAUAAAAGAGCCUUUGAUCAUG